AUGGCUGACAAGAAGCUAAAGGAUAACCUGUCGCGUGUCAAAGCUCCGUCUCCUCUAGGCAAGUCGAUCUUUGUCGGACUUCGUUUGACAGAUGCAGUUUGGCAAUACGCAUUUCUCCAUCGUGGUUGGGCAUCUCGGCUAGUUAAACGACUUGGUGGAAUGCUUCUACAGGUUCUGGAUGCCUCUAGUGGCCGGCUGAACCCUUACUACCAGUCUUGUUGGUCCUUCAACACCGUCUUCAACUCGACAAACAUCCUUCUUUCCGUCUGGUCCCUCACCUCCCAAUCGCCUUCCGAUGGUUCCCUUCGUGUCCAGCUCACGGCCUCAGUAGCUAUCGGCGUUUGCGCUUACACUAUCGGUAUCUUGACGGAGUUGGUAUCCGAACUCCAGCCCCGUCCCUUCAAGAAAGACACUAGCAACAAAGGAAAGCCGUAUAGAGGCGGACUGUUCUAG